CAAGCAUUACCAGACUGUAAAGCCUUCUUUGAGUUCUAUGCUUAAAUAAUAAUGAUAAAAAAAAUACUACUACCGCUACUUAUCAUAUUUUUAAUAAUAAUAAUAGUCUAAUUAUUAUCCUAGUUCCAGUCUCCAGUUCAGGACAUGUGCUCUGCCUGUUUCAAGCCUGUGUACCCCAUGGAGAGGAUGGCAGCGGAUACAUUAAUAUUCCAUCACUCCUGUUUCUGCUGCAAACACUGCCAAAAGAAACUGAGCCUCCGCAAUUACGCAGCUCUUUUGGGGGAAUUCUACUGCAUAUUUCACUACCAGCAACUGUUCAGAGAGAAAGGAAAUUACGACGAGGGGUUUGGACGCAAGCAACACAAGGAUCAGUGGCACCAGAAAAGUGUGUCGCUUCCCAUAGAACCUGAACAUAAUGAUGAAAUAGCUUGCAGAGAUUCAAAGAGGGAACCCAGUGCUUCUGAAGGUUCACAAUCUCCAACUGACUUGUCAACACCUGUACAAAAACAAACGUUAGAGAGGAGAUCAGACCCCCAAAAUAAGCUGAGAGUCAGCUGGCCUCCACCAACAAACACAGGUGAAAAGUUAAACAAAUCACCUAAAGACACAGAGAAAAAUAAAGCCAAGGGGGGAUUUACUGACAGAAAGCUAGCUUUAGAGCAAAAUAAAGAUGGUUCUGAAAGUGAGUUAACAGAUAAGAUCAUGUCCAGGUUGGUAAAAAGUGAUGUAAGCAAAAGACUUACUCUGUCUCCCUUCAUUUUAGGCAAAGAAAAGGCUAGUCCCGUUUUUCCCACUCAAGUCAAAAAAGGGGAAGAGUUGAAUAUUCUGGGGCAGGUUAAACAGACAGCAGCAGUAAGUGUGCCAGACAAACCACAGACAGUAUUGUCAAAGUCAGGGAAAGUGUCAGCCAAGAUUGCCAUGUUUCAAGAUAGCACACCUACAAAGGUAAAUUACAUUUCUCCAAGUAAUACGAACAAGAAGUCACCUGCAAAGAAUACACCUGUCACAAAGCUGGCUUCAGCCGUCGCUGGCUCUGCAUCAGCAAUAACACCUCAGUCGGUUAUCAAUGAGAAAACGUCUUUGUCAGGUAAGAAGAUCAAAUCAGUUAAUUUCCUAGAGGAUACAACUAUGCAGUACAGCAUGGUGAAGGUGACUAACAGUGACAGGAAUUCUAAUACAGAAUAUGAAAACUACAGAAGCAAACUUAAAACAAAUCAGAAUAAUGAAGUAGACAGUAGUCCAGCGGCAUCUGCCCCAAACAAGGAGCCUAAAUCUCUGGUCAGUUCCAAUGUGAAAGCCAAGCAUAGUCCAGCUUCUCUCAAUGAGAGAGCAGGAUUAUUUACAGAACCAGAAGAAAAGAAUCAUCUGAGUGAAACCCACAUGAAAACUGUUGAUAGAAGUACGAAAGAGGGACUCUCUUACUCUUCUGUUCAGAGCAAGUUCAUACUAUCAGAGCACAUAACCACAACUACUACUAAUACUACUACUACUAAAGUAGUAGAAACAAACCAAUCAGUUUACAAUAAAGAAGAAACUUCAAUGAAACAUUCUCAUAAUGAAGUCAACCGUCCAGCUGUUUGUGAUGAAAGCAAAAGCUCAUUUAAAAGAAAAACAGAAAUGAAAACAGAUGUUAUCGACACGUCAAAUGCAGAACUGAAGGAUACAGAUUCCAAUAGUGCACCUGAGGGCAGCAAAGCCAGUACUCCAGAACAUAAUUCAUUAACUCCCAACUCAGAGGAGAAAGGCAGCAUUGCAGAAAAUAAUGUAACCAACAGCAUGCCCAGUGUUUAUGGAAAUAGUGAAAAAACAGAGAAAGCAGCUGAGUCCUCACCUAAAAAGAUUGAUGCUUUGAGCACCUCCAUCUCUAAAGGCAAAGAGAAUGGGAAGACUCAUGUCAGGAAGGAGUCCUGGUCGAAAACAACAGGUCUAGGAAAAAGCCCCUUCUUAAAGCUAUUUAAUCCAGCCAGCAAAGACAACAUGGACAAGAAAGAACAAACAGAAGGCAAAAAGCCUGAGGCGAAGCCCAGGUCUGCUUUGGGCAAAUUAUUCCAGUCCUCAUCAGAACAGAGCAAAGAAUCUAAGAAGGAAAGGGAAAAUGAAACUAAUAGUCCUAAAGAGGCUCACGAGAAAGCUGAAGGCAAAGAGCAGGCUGAACCAAAAGAGGAAAUCCUCUGCAAGGAUAACACGAAUGUCAUCCCAGCUGAGGAACAUGAACAUGGCAGAUCUUCAGUCCCAACUGAAGCUCAGGCUACUUUAGGUAUAGAGUCAAAGCAAAUCAGACCAAACAUAGAUGUUAACCUUAUUGAAAACACAUCAAAUGGCUCCUCAUCUGAAAACAUCAAUCAGUGUAGAUCUGCUGAACCCUUGUUAGCAGAAACUGAAACCAAUGUCAAAAGCUCUGAUAAGAACAUCAACAACACAAUCAAAAGUAAGGAGACAGACUUGAGUUUAUCUACCCCAGAGGAAAAAAUGCAUACCUUUGAUUCAAACCUGGUAAAAGAUGUGUCAAGUACUUCUCCACCUGAAAUUGCCAAUCCAUUUGGAGCACCUGAAACCCUGUUAAGACAAAUUGAAACCAACUUCAACAGCACUGAGAGGAACAUCAACAACACCCUCACAAGUAUGGAGACUGGCUUCAAUUUGAGUAUAUCUCCCCCAGAUCAAACCGAGUGUAGCCUUAUGUCAAAUAGUUCUCCAGUCGAAACUGUCAAUCCAUUUGGACCCCCUGAACCUGAGUUAACAGAAGAUGUGAGCAACAUUGAGAAAACAGUACCAAGCAUGGAGGCAGACAUUAAUUCAAGUACUCAUAUCUCAGACCAAGGAAGCCCUAAUUCGAGCAGUCCAUCAGACACCACAAAUCCAUAUGUUCCCCUUGAAUCUGUGUUAACACAAACAGAAACCCAUGUCAGAAACACUGAAAAUACAGAAACACUUGAUUCUCAAACUGAGACCACACAUAGUGUUCAAAGUCUAGCUUUUGAAAAUGCAGGAAACCCAUUUGGAUUGGAAAACCCCUCUGCAAAACCAAUUGAAGAUCAUCUUGACAUAUUUGGAACCAGUACUGAACCUGUGCUCCCUAAUCCAUCGACGGCUCAGUCUUCUGCUGAGAGUGAUCAAUUCAAUAUCUUCAAUCUAAAUGUUGGAAGUGAGCAGCCAGAAGGUAGCAGCACUCCAUUUGAGCCAAGCCAAGCUUCGCUUUUGCAGGCAGAGGUUCAUACGAUAACAUUGGAUGAUACUCUUGACAUUUUCAGCACAAAUAUUCAAAGCACACCUCAGUCGAAUGUUGAUUUGUUUGGUGCUGAUUUUACAGGCUUGGACUCUUUCUCAGUGCAGCCAUCCUCGUCUUUUCCAGAAGAUAUCUUUGGUGUUGGGGAUUUUUCAAUGGCUGGAAGCGCUUCCACAGAAACCGCUACCCAAGCAACUUCCACCAACAACUUUGACGAUAUCUUCGGCCUGGAACAGACAACUGUAUCCAACCCUUCUGUUCCUAAUGUCCAGGGAGACAUUUUCUCUGAUGAUAUAUUUGGUUCACAGUUUUUAAUUGCACCUGCACAACCCACCACAGAGAAUGUUCUUGAUGGUCUUCUUGAUCCAGUUGUUGAUUCCACCAUCUUGACAGUAAUGGCUGACCAAAAAAAUAACAACCAAUGGCUUGAUUUCUUGGGUUAAGGAUGAGCCCACAGCCGCUGUAAGGCCGGAGAUGUACGAGCAAUUUUUAUUGUUAAUUCUAUUUGGCAAAAUUGGCAAUUAUUUUUUAGAAAUAUUAAGAUGGUGUCUGUUUGCAGUAAAAAUGUUUCAGCAGCUGCUAUAGUAAUUGGAAUACUUUUAAAAAUACGUAGGGGGCUCCCGAGGGGUGUAUCCAGUAAAGGCACUCCGCGUGGAGAGCAGGAUGCGCCCUAUAGCCUGGAGGUCACUGUUUCGGGUCCAGGCUAUUCUACUGCCGACCGUGGAUGGGAGUUCCCAGGGGGCGGCCACAAUUGGCUGAGAGCUGCCCGGGGUGGGGAGGGCUUAGGUCGGCCAGGGUGUCCUUGGCUCACAGCGCACCAGCGAUCUCUGUAAAAUGGCCUGGCGCCUGCAGUCCUGCCUACAAGCGGCCCAGAGCUGCGUGGUCCUCCGACCCUGUAGCUCUGGGGUAGCUGCAUGGCUGGCCUGCAGAAUGAAAAAAAGCGGACGGCUGACGACACAUGUUUCGGAGGAUGCGUUUGUUCAUCUUCGUCUCUCCUGAGUCAGCGUGGGGGUUGCAGAGGUGGGCCAGGCUUAAAAUUAGGCAUUUCAAAUUGGGGAGAAAAUGGAGCUAAAAAACAACUAGUGAUUCCAAAUUUAAAAAAAAAAAAAAAUGUCAAUGUAGAAACACUUGAGUGGGGUCCAGCGGAGGUGGUUAUUUCCUCAAAAUAUUUGUUAAUUUCUUCUAUUCAUCUUCUUUUUUAUAUUCCACACAUCUAACAUCACAGAAACAUUUUCUGUCAUGAAAAAAAUUGCAAAAAUCGCAAAAAUCAAUUGCAAAGUUUCCUCAUGUGUCCACUUGUCUGUAGCCAUACUUCCUACUUACAAAUAUUGAGAGUGAAAUCAGGGGAUUAGAAAAUGCAAUAUCACUGGCUGAACACACAUAGGUACAUAGAAAAAUUGUCAACUGAAUUUCUGAAAAUAGAGCGAUGGUCUGUUCUAGCAACUCAAUUGUCAAUCGAAAAUUUAUUGACAAGUCCAGUUGUCAAUUUGUGAUACACAGUCAAUUGUAUUGCUAAUUUGAGUUGCCAAAAUUGCUUGUGUAUUACUGGAUAUAAAACCAACAAGUAGGAUAAGGGUUAACAAAAAUGAAAAGUUCAAGGGAGAAGACACAAGGCAUUUGAAUCAAGCAAGAUGAGAAAAACUUAAGCGGGUCACAGUGUUUAAAAGCCAUAUUGUGUUGAACUGAUGUUUAAAGGGAAAGACUGUCUCCACAACUAACAAUAGAUUCACUUAGAUGUAAUGUGUUUGCUGCUUUCAGCUGAUAAAAUGUAAUAUUUAGGCAAAAUGUUUAAGCGAUAAAAAACACAGCUGAUUUUUUAAAUUUUUCUUUUUUCUGGAACUAAUCAAUAAAUAUUUGUUUAUUGUGGAAAGCUACAUACUGUACAACUGCCAUUCCAUGUGGAGAGUGAUAUCAAAGUGAAAAAUAAUAAUGCCAAGCAACAUUCCAUAUCAUGACUUAGUUCUCUGUGAAAAAAUGUAAUCAUAUUUUUUUUAAAAAGUGCUUUUGUUGAUGUAAAAAAAAAACAUAACAAUAAAAACGUUGGUAAAACAAAGAUAGCUAACUAAUGAGGAUUAUAUUUUAAGUUUAAUUCCUAAGGCUUAAGUAAUAUGAUUAGAGGUUAAUACCACUAUACAGACUUUCUUUUGACCUCUAUGAUGACAUGAUUAAGUGAAUGGAGAUUUUUAUUCAUUGUAAUUGUGUUCUCUUAGCUGAAGUGUUCUCUUAGCUGAAGUGAUCUCUUAGCUGAAGAGUUCUC